AUGGAUUCGUCAAACGAUGUCAACGCCACUCGGGAGAGCUCCUCCGAACCAGCAGAUCCCUCCUCACGAAAUAAAAGCAAGACCCGUAACAUAAAAUCUUCACGAAAUAACGGGUUACGAGGUCUCAACAAGCGUACCCAAAAGAAUAAGGGCAUCAAAUCAACAGACAAGGCCAAUAAAGCACGUAAUAAGAAUAAGGGUAAAGACCUUGCCCGCGAAAUAAAGGAAUCGGAACCUGUGGUACAAUAUCAGCCAGAGCCGCCGCCAAGAGAAGAGCUUCCAUACACAAAAUUCUUUCCUGACUUGGAUCUAGACGAACAGCUCGUGGUUAUUCAUGUAAUGUCUGAAAACGAUGCCGGCGAUAAGACUCCGAAGCCUAUGACUUUUCGAAAGACGAUUCACCUGUCCGAACAGCAAACUGAGGACGCUCAAAUAUCCAUAAAAGAGUGUUCGACCUCUGGAACUACUCCUCAAUUUAUGGAUGAAGACACAGUUCAGGAGGACGAACAAGAUCAACCUUCUGAAACUGAACAGGUUUCUUCAAAGCGAUCAGAAUCAUAUGAUAAUAAAGUUGAUGUCAAUCUUGCAACUUCGAUUCAGGCAGAAACAAUACAAGAUGGCAAGCAUGUGAGUUCUACGCAAACCGCUGAUAAUUCGGGGCCUAUGGAAACCGAAGAAAAAUCGGUAGCAACGGCUCCUGUAAAACGGCUUCCAAUGCCCUCGUUUAGGCGUGUCAACGCCAGGAAGGUGGAAUUUGAGCCAUAUCAUAGACCUGAGGGGCAUUAUAUACGGUAUAAUGAGCCGGACGAAAGAAUUCUUGCAGAACGAGUUGAGUACGAUAUGGACGAACAAGACGACAUUUGGCUUAAAGCUUUCAAUAACGAACGAAAAAAGGAGGAUCUGGGCGAACUCACUACCGAUCUUUUUGAGAAAUUGAUUGACCGCUUGGAGAAGGCUUGGUUCGACUUGGCAAGUGGAAUUCUUACGAAAAACCUACCGAAAGGUCAGGGAGACAAGGAUAGUCUCACCCCCGAAGACUCUGCUUGUGCCAUCUGUGAUGAUGGGGAGUGCGAAAAUAGUAACGCCAUCGUAUUUUGUGAUGGUUGCAAUCUUGCUGUUCACCAAGACUGCUACGGUAUACCUUAUAUUCCUGAAGGUCAAUGGCUAUGCCGUAAAUGCAUCGUCUCACCAGAAACCCCAGUGUCAUGCAUAUUUUGUCCUAAUGAAGGUGGUGCAUUUAAAAAAACAAAUACGAACCGCUGGGCGCAUUUAUUAUGUGCCCUAUGGAUUCCCGAAGUUGGAUUAUCAAACACCGUCUAUAUGGAACCCAUUGACAAUAUCGAGGGGAUCCCGCGCGGACGAUGGAGAUUGAAAUGUUAUAUCUGCGAGAAAAAAAUGGGGGCAUGCAUCCAAUGCCAAAAUGCACAUUGCUGUACGGCCUUUCAUGUCACCUGUGCUCGAAAGGCAAAACUUUGUAUGAGGAUGAAGUUCCCAGAUUCGCACAACGAAUCUUAUCAAAUGAAGGCGUACUGCGACAAGCAUACACCGCGAGAUUACAAGGAACAAGUUGAUGUUGCCGCCACUGUUUUAACUGCCCAAAAGCUCUUAAGUGAAUGCGGUCCAGUAUCCAAGAAACGGAGAGUGGAGUAUGACGCCGAUGGCGAUGAAGAUGGGGAUGAAUACAUUCCUAGUGAAUCCGAAGAGGAGGAGGAUGAACUCGAUGAACAAAAUUAUGAACAAGAGAAGUUUGAUGCACUGGGUUCUCGGAAAAAUAGGAAACGUAAGCAUUUGGAACAUGAAUCUUACCAAAGGAAGACCAUCAAGGUCAAAUUACCGGAAUCAGUGAAUACGAACGAGAUGACCAAUAAAUCGCAAGAAGGUCAAAGUUCCAAGGCAGCACGUGCAUACAAUCAUUCGUAUGCCGAGAAUGCACCUAUUGCCCCGGCGAUCAUAAUGGAAAAGCUUUUGCCAUUUUUGGCAAACCAAAAAGGUUCUAUGAAGAAAAAGCAAGAGCUCGUCGCCACUAUUUGCAAAUACUGGUCGCUGAAACGUGAAUCUAGACGGGGGGCGCCACUGCUGAAGAGGCUUCAUCUCGAGCCAUGGACCGCCUCUGCAUCCGCUCACAAACAAUCCGAUAAAGAAAAAUUCUGCAAAUUUAUGGGCAUGCGGCAACUCCGCAAAGAUUUGGAAAAGGUCAGGUUAUUGAUCGAUUGUGUGCACAGGCGCGAGAAGGCUAAACUAAAAAGAAACAGGUUACAAGCUCAGUACCUUGAGACCAUACUUUUUCCUCUUGAUUAUAUCCUCUCUCCGGUAAUAGAGGAAAUUAUGAGUUUGGAUAAAAAUGAUAUAUUCGCGAAGCCCGUAUCUGCCGAAGAAGUUCCAGACUAUUAUUUUCAUAUUAAAAAUCCCAUGGAUUUCGGUACCAUUCAAAAGAAGGUGGAAGCUCAUGAAUAUAGUUUCGGUUCUGGUUUUCAAGGAUUCAAGGAUGAUCUCGAAUUGACUUUCCAGAAUGCCAUGACCUACAACACGUCUAACACAAUUUAUUAUAGGACUGCUCGAAAAUUACGCCAGCUAUGUCAGCCUAUUGUCGAAAAGGCUGAAAAGGAUUAUUCCGAGUUACACGUUGAUCCCAAAAAAGGAAUUUUGGAUGUCCCCAUUCAUCCAGAGAUAUUCACUUAUAAUACAAAACCUUUGGUUUUCCCGCAAAAAGAUAAGCCUGCUUCUCGGUCGAAUCGUAUUAAAAUAAGAAGUCGAAGUUCAGGUGGAAUGUCACGUCCCUCUCGUAAAUCUCGAGCUCGAGAAACGCGAUCCACCACCGCAGCAAAACGUAUGCGUAAUCAGAAUAAAAAAUCGAAAUUGUUGGACUCUUCAGAACACAAGCCGAGAGCCCCGAAAGGUUGGGCAUAUAUCACUGAGGAUGAAGGUGAAGAUGAAUCUGCUGCUGAGGGUUCUAAUACCGAGGCUUCAACACUUGAUGCAAAUGGCCUUGGCGACGGUGAUACCUCUAACAUUGUCAACGAAGAUAAAGCCACAGUUUCUUCACGAACACGGUCUCGAAAUAAUCAAACCUCAGGUUCGUCGAUCAAAAUAGUAAACGAGCACCAGGAAAGCCCCCAGAAAUCACUAAGGGACCCAGAUGAACCCCCCAAUUUGGCAAAGGAACAGCAAAACCAAGUGCCCCCUGACGAAAAUUAUAAGUCAAUUAAAGAACAAUUUGAGAAUAUACAGAUAGUAGAUCAAGAGGAAUCAGAAAGACCAGCUGCGAGCCGGACUCGUUCUCGUAGUAAUAAUAUAAAGAAAAACGAUGACCCUGUUCAAAACGAGGUAGUUAAAAAAGAAUACCUAUCCCCAUCCAUGGAACCUAAUGUAGAAUGGGUGCAGUCAAGUCGCAAAGGUUCUACCACCUCAUCCGUUAUUGAAAACCCAAACAUUCGCUACGGAACUUUGGUGUGGGCUAAGAUGACUGGAUUUCCUUGGUACCCUGCUGAGGUAGCAGACCCGAAUGGAUCUGAGGUCACAGAAACUAUAAGGCAUGACAAAAAAGAGGGUGAUUACUACUUGGUCCAUUUCUUUGAUGAAAAGAAAGGAAAAAGACGUAGCUGGAAAUGGGUUCCAGCAAGUAAAGUCGCUCUUAUCGGUGACCCUCAAUUUGAUAUGGCUAAAAUAAAAGACAAGACGAUGAAAGAUAAAAUGAAGAAAGAGGUUCCCAUCGCGUAUCGAGCGGCCUGUAUUACCAAGGGAAUAGAGCCCAUUGCUCUGCAGCAACUCUCCCAGGUGACACAUAAAAGGGGUGGUGACAGGAGAUAA